GAGAGAGAGAGAGAAAGAGAGGGCAAGAGUGGGGAAGAAAGAAGGACGUAUCAGAGAGUGCCGGAGUGCACGGACACAGAGAAACCAUGGAGGCUAGACCCACAAACCGAGCACAGAACCGGAGGACUGUAUCUAAUAACGGAAUGCGACUUUUAAUGUUUGUUUUCAUCCUUUACGGAGCCGCCGCAGGUGUAAGCAGUAACAAAGUGGUUGUUCCUGACAAAGUGAAUGCAGUGCUUGGCAAGAACAUCACUCUCAGCUGCCUAAUAGAAGCAGGAUCCAACCUCAGCCUCACACAGAUCUCCUGGGAACGUCGUUCACCUUCAGGCCCCGUUACCCUGGCAGUUUACAAUCCAGACUAUGGAACUUCAUACGCUAAGGAAUAUGGCAAACGCAUCACAUUCGUUUCCCCUUCCAUACGAGAUGCCACCAUUACCAUCGAAGGUGUUGGUUUGGCCGAUAUUGGAACCUAUACCUGCAAAGUGACGACUUUUCCUUUGGGCAACACACAAGCGUCAACCUUUGUAAAUGUUUCAGUGGAGCCCAAGGUGUACGUAUCUGCAGGUCCUGCAGCUCUUCUGGAUGGUGGGGAUGAGGCGCUGGUGGCUACUUGCAUAGCAGAGCGUGGCCGUCCUGCCGCUGAGGUUUUCUGGGAGGCUGAGCUGUAUGGUAGAUCUGACGGGCAAAAGCAGGAGGAUCUAAAUCGUACCACUACAGUGCGAGUUAACUACAUGUGGAAACCUCAGAGUUACGCUCAAGGAAAGACGCUCACCUGUGUGGUGCGCCACCCAACUCUGCAAACAGAAUUCCGCAUACCCUACAAGUUAAAUGUUCAAUUUGCACCUAAUAUAUCCCUACAAGGAAUUGAUCAAAUCUGGUAUGUGGGUCAAACAAAUGUGAAAAUCAGCUGCACAGCCAAAGCCAACCCUCCUGCCCAUGACUACAAAUGGAUCAGGAUGGAUGGAUCAAUGCCGGAAGGUGUUAAGAUCUCAAACAACAAUCUUUCUUUCACACGUCCACUGGAGCGCAAUGACUCAGCAGUCUAUCGCUGUGAGGUGACUAAUGACAUUGGUCGCAGCAUUCAAGAUGUCACCUUCUGGGUUCAAGAUCCCCCUCCCACCACUGCAGCCCCAACUACCACUGCCUCCCCCGUCCGCUAUGAGUCCGGAACCGGAAAGGAUGUGGACCGGCGCAGAGCUCCGUUCACCUCCCCCACCCUGGCCUCUAUCCACGAUGGCAGCCUUGGCACUAUUAUUGGCGGGGUAGUGGGUGGGGUUCUCUUUCUGAUUCUCCUGCUGAUCCUCACUGGUGCUUGUUUUAUGCGCCAGCGGAGAACCUUCAGAGGAGACUACUACACCAAACAGUAUUUGGGACCUUCUGACAUGCAGAAGGAGUCUCAGAUAGAUGUUCUACAGCCUCAUGAGCUGCAGGAGGUUUAUGGGGACAAGAUGAGCAAAGGUAGCCAGGAGCUGAAACCCAAACUGGGGGGGGACAUUAUUUACCCAGACUACACUCCUGAGCGGAAGGACAGGGAUGACUGGAACGACAGGGGGGAUAUUCAUAGGGGCAUGAAGGAGGGAAACUAUUACCCAGAGCACUACAAUAACCAAAACAUGCACCCCUGUGGGCCUCCUGUGCACAGCCCCAUUGUGAACAACGGCUCCCCCUACCUUCCGGAUGACUGCUAUGAAAAUGGUACAGACAGUGACUACGUGUCGCAUAUAGACGGAUCUGUGAUUUCACGCAGAGAGUGGUAUGUUUGAGGACAAAUGAGUACAAACAGGGAUUCAGUCAACAAGUGACAGACACGUCUUUACAGGAUGCAUCAUUUCAUCUGAAAAGCAUAAAGGAAAUUUCUGAGCUUCCACAUUGAGCUUCAUGAACAAUUUUGCUCUGCCUUGAUUGUAACCACUUAACCUUAAAGAUUUUUUUUUUCUUCUGGAUUGUAUUUCAAGUCUGUAGCAAAGACCUGCAACAAAGUUGGAACGCCUUAGAGAUUUCACCUGUUCGUGCUUGGCCUAAAAUGACGUGUCGAACAAUGUGAACGAGGUUUUGUUUUCUGCCAGUUUGUGUUCGCACCUGUCGUUUUUUUCUACAGGUUAGCUGUUUGCAGUCUCGUUAUCAAUGUAUUUAUUCCGCUGAAUUAAUGAGCUCUGCUCCAAUGGAACCUCACAAUUUCAGUGGCAUUUAGAAAAGGAUCUCCUAAGAGGUCUUUGUGCAUUUUCACACACAAGUGAAACAUUUAUUAUGGCUAAAACCAGUAUUUAAAGCAAAUUAUAUUGCAUGCUUUCGUAAAACUAAAGUAUCAUUAAGUGAAAGGGAAAUUUACAAGAUAAAAAGGGAGACUUGCUGGCGCGUCAUACACGAGGUAAAGCAGAGCGAUGGAGCCGAGUGUGCAGGCAUGGUCUAGUUUAAGAUUCUCAUGGUUUAUUAACCUACGGUAGAAAUAUCACAACAUCAAGCUGUUUAAAUUAAACUAUUAAAUGUCAGUGUUUAUAUAAAUGAUUUUAUCUGAAAAUAGAGAAGCAAUAAUUAUUGCAUUUUCUGGUAAGAUGACACCUUUAAAUGUUCAGUGGCUCUCUGGCCUUUCCUACAAGUUAGGGAAAAGUGUUGAAGUCUUCCAAUCAGCUGACUUGUAGGACUCCACUAAAGUCUGGUCCCCCUGUCACUUUAUCUGGCAUCAUUUUACAAAGACUUUAAAUAUCAGAUGUGCCAGCACCUAAAAUACAGUAUGACUGAUCGUAAAACUGGUUUUGGAACAUUUUUGUACUCCGAUUCUGGUAACCAGCCAUAUGCAUAAUGCUGACACUAACAUGACCAAUGUUUGGUGUAACGCCACUGCGGAUGUAUGACAGAACCACAUGCUAACCAGUCAUAGAAGUUUAACUUGUCCCCUUCACAUGUAAUUGAUCAGUGUGCAUCUUUACUCUCGUCACUCAGCUGUUCCUAAACCUAAACAAUCAACGGUUAUCAUAGCAACGUUGUUUAUUUUUUCAAACUUGAAGUUUAUUUCUUUUUCUGUCUCAUACAGUAAGAAUGGUGCAAAAGGCAGUUUCAGUUUGCUUUCUUAUUAAAUAAACUGUUCCUAAAAUCUUAUUUUUAAUUCUUUCACUAUUAUUUUCCAAACAGCUGAAGGACUCGCUUAAGUAUCUUAGUCUUUGUGUGUAGCAUAUUCCUGGCAGCUCUUGAUCUACAAGCUGUCUGCAGCUGCUUACUCUUGUUGUCAUUUCAUAGCUAAACUGAUACAGAUAAGCUGAUGAAAAAGGGAUGCUUGUAAGCGUUGAUUGUGCGUGACUUUACUCAAAAUAAUCCAUUGUUUCAAUUUUUUAAUCUGCCAACUCCCUCACCAGCUGCUGUGCCGCCUAGGCUGUAGCAUUAACGAGAAAAUUACAAACAUAUAUGGCAGGAAUUCAUAUCGGUUUAACUAAGUACAGAUGUGUAACCAUGCCAAGGUAAAGCAGCUUGUACCUGGUUCUAAGAGUCAAGCUGCACAAGUUAAAGGAUGUAAAUUAGUUUCUACCAUGUUUUUUUUUUUUUUACUUCAGUAGGCGUGCCUUGGAGUAGCUAUAUUGUUUGAAAUGUCAAUAGAUUCACUAAGAUGACUGUUGUCUGGUUUUGGUCAAAUGCGCUCUUAGGUCACUAAUCGACCUAUCAGCCACAUGGAUAUUUACAAUGAAUGCUCUUUGCUGGUUUGAUUUAAAGAUGAGUCCAACUUUGGAUGCAGGGUUAUGAUGUUUGAACUUGAUGAAGCUUUGAUACGUCAAUGCUAAUUUUCCACCGCUUUGAUUUCUUUUUAAAAUUAAGAAGAAUUAAGUAAUGAAAAGGUUUCCAAAAUAACCAAUAAAAAAGCAUUUAAAAAUUAUUUUGCAAUUUCCAAACAGACAUAAUGGUUAUAGAACUGCCUAUAACAUUACAGGCUAGAAAUAAUGUAAUCCUUAGCAUAGUUCUCAGGAUCCCAUAAACAUUUUAAAAUCAAAGUUUCCCUUAAAUAAAGGAUAACGGCUCCAAAGAAUAAAACAGAGCACAUUUGCUGUCCUCUGUUCAGCCUUGCUGUUAUCUGCUGAAAGUCUUGCUCUCUUCCCUAGUCUUACAGCCUUAAUGGAUAAUAGACCUAUCGUAUAAAUACCGUUUGUUUAAUUUACCUCUUCUUACAAUUCUGUGCUUUCACUGUUUUUCUUUUUAAACACAUCACUGAUACUAAAAAUAGCUAACUUUUUUUUUUCAAUAACAGCUUCCGCACCAAAGACUCUUGUCAGUCCAACUUAAUAGCAGCUAGGUGGAAUUUUGAAAGUUACCAUUCAGGCCUAUUUAAGCCAAAAAAAUGUCUAAUUUCAGUUACCAGUCAAUUUCUGUCUGCUUCCCAUUGGUAAAGUGAUGGCACUUGAUCAUAUACCAGGUUCAGGCAAUUGCUCAUUAUUUCUUAAUCUGAAACACAAAGGUCAAAUGGCUACACGCAGAUACCUACUGUAAAAACUCCACCAAUCACAAACUGUUUAAAAAAGGGUGUUUAAUGAUAACUUAAACUACUUUGACAUAAGUUAUUCCAUCCAUGCAGUUUGAAGAGCAGCUGGUAUUUAACUUCUCAGUGAACUUUCAAACAGCCCAGGCCUCCCAUCUUCUCCCGCUUAGGGCUGAUAACAGGCUGCACCGCAGUCUUUUCCAUUUUUUCCUCCUGAAUAAUUUCAGAUCUCUGUCUCUACACCAAUUGGUCAUUAAGAGUUUUUUUUAAACUCAAGAUCAAAGUGAUCUGUUAUAAAUACUAGAUGUAACUGGUACGGCUGUCAUCAUCUGACAUUAUGUGGCUACAUAAACCACCAACAGUUUUACUGCUGCUGCUCUACGCUCAGCCAUCAUGGGGCAGGAUCGCCAAAAUGUACAUAGAGAGGGAGACGCAUUGAACAGAUCCCUCUGUUGAAUUUUGGAUUAUUCAGAUAGCUUGGUGAGCAGCUGACAUCACUGCAGAGCAUGCUGUAAUGUUGGGGUUUGGCUCCUCUGAGAAUGUGAAAUGGUCAUGGAAAUAAGAAACCUAAUCUACGAGUUGGGAAAAGAAAACAGGUCCAUGCAGAUCCGGGAUAUAAUGGCUCCCAAUGGGAAAGGCUUGUUAAUUGUUUUCCCCAAAAAACAACAAUUCUUAUGAAACUAAGUUUCAGUCAAAGGAGCUGACAACAUCAGUGAUCUCAUCUCUUCCUCCUCGAUUCUUUGCCACACUUCUUCACUUAAAGCCUUUGCUUUGUUUCCUCAGGAAUGAUGCAGGGAUCAGAGUGGCCUUUGCUGUCUCACCACAACAUUACAGGAAAAAAAUAAAAGAAUCCUUUUGUCUGCCAAAUAUUGGUGUCAGACAAAUGUAGUGAGAAAAUAACAAAAUCCAGUUUUUACAUUAUAUUUUCAAUCGAGGGAAAAAAGUUUUCCCACCUGUGCUCUAUUUGAAAAUGUAACCCUGUAGAAUCAGGAAAAUUCUGCAUACAUUAUACUAAGUAGUUUAAACAUUUCAUAAAAUUAGGUUAUUAGUUUCAGUUAUAAAGUAAAAAUGGCCUCCAUCAGAGAACUCAAGGUGAAAACAUCUGUUGAAGAAAAUACUAAAAAUUAAAGCUAAAUAUGGAAUCUUUUGGAGGUUCCGCUGUUAUUUACAAAAUGGUUGUAAAUAACAGUGGAGCGGCUGCCCUUGAUGUCCUCCCUAACCCCUAAAUCCCUCAAUGACCAUAUAGAGUGGGUAAUAUAUAGUAGAUUUUAUAGUGAACUCAGUUAACUGACCGUUCGGACAGAUGAUCGCUACUUUUCGCUUACGUAACUCCGCCUCCCCACAGUGCCUGCGCCAUCUUUGUUAUUUGUCGCCGUUGCCGCAUAGCGACAGUCAUGGGCGACAGCGGGCUCCUGUAACAAGUCCCAUGAUUCUCUGCGAGUAGAGCUCUUCUCGCAAAGCAUUGCAGGAUAUAUCUGCUUGUCUAGUGACCAUGGAUGAUCACUACUUUUUAAGUUGCAUUGUGAGAAAUUUCGAGUCCACUACUUUUCCAUCCACUACACAUUUGGACCCCCAUUAAAAUGGCAUAACCAAGACAUUUGGACACAGCCUAAGAGUAGCAAAACCAGUUAACAGGACAAGAGGGCAAAUCUCUUUUCUAUCCUAUGACUAAAUCACAGUUUUUAAAAAUUAAAUUCUUCCCUUAAUAAAUCAAUUGUUUGUAACACUUAAUAUGGUUUAGUGAUUUAAACUAAGCAUAAAAAAAUGAGAGAAUCCUCUGCAGGCCCACAUUGUAAUGCAGUCUUCAGUAUGUGAUCCAUUCAGAUAAAACAAGCACAGCCGUAGUUUGAGGUCUCCUUUUUUAUUGGGGUUUGUAAUAGAUUUUGGGUGCACAACUCCACCCUGGUUUUCAUAAAGCAGGUUUAGAUGUCUCAGAAUAAAAGGCUUUAAUCUGUUUAGCUGGGGUCCCACUUCGGGCCACAUUGAAGAAGCAGCGCUCACCUCAUAACCUUCAGCUUUUUAAUCAACUUUUAUACCCUUCCUCAUCAAGCUUGGCAGCGGCAGCUCUCACAGUCUGUGAUAUACGGCACAACCUCGUCUGCAUUUUCCCUGUAUAGUUUAUUCAUAGCUCUCAGCUAUUUGGGAAGGUUUUCUCCAUACAGGCAGCUGCUUUGACUCUAAAAAUGAUCUCUAAUUAGCUUCAGUUUAGUUCAGAAAGCAAAACCAACUGAUUGAAUGAAUGUUUUUUGUUUUUUUACUUUGUUGUGCAUUAUGGUUUGUUGCUUAAAAACUGGUUGCAUGUGCAGUUAUUGGCUGCCUAUGAUUUUUCCAUCAGUAAUGUUUAUAUGUACAUAUUAGGUAUAGCAUUAGAACGGCCUUAGUAGUACUCUGUCAUUCUGGGUUUGUUCUGGACUCCCCUACUGAAUAGCUGGUGCCUUAAAUGGGCUGAGCAAUGCACAGAAACUUUAAAAGCUGACAGAAACUGAAAGCAUUAAUGUAAAGAUUAUUAUUAAAAGAGGGCAGAGGUGCUUUUUUUGAAAUAUGUAAUCCAACUUUCAUAUUUAAAAUGAGCUGUUUUCAGAGCAGCAGCAUUGACAAAAGGUUUAUUACCAUGCCUUACAGAGUGUAAAAAGGACACAUGUAACAAGUUUGUUACUGGGAAAAUUGUAAUAAAGCAAAGGUCCACUGGGAAUUAAGGCAAGCCAGGUUCAUAGAAAAUAUUAUUUUCCUGUAAAUAUGCUGGCUUUUUUAUUAUUGAAAAAAAAAUCUUAUUUUUUUGUAUGAGGUCUGUAAUUUUCACAGAAUAUUAGGUUGUUUUACAAGCUUCCAAUGGGCUCAUUCUCAGAGUAAGACUGAGACCCUGUUUUCACUACAUUUUAUAUCUGUUCUGGAGCGUUGGUGGCCAAUUAUUUUGUACGGUGUUCUUUGAAUGAUUGAAGUCUCACAGGAAAUCAAGGAAGUUGGGAGAUUUUGUCUGUUCAUUUUUUCUUUUUUUUGCAAUAAAACCAUCAUCGUUCCACUCCAA